GAAAAGUGUUAAUUUGUCAUUAUUUAUCAUGUGGAGGGGGAAGAUGGAGGGGGGGAAGAGGAGGAAGGUGGAAGAGAGGUGGACUGGGCUGCGGAGUCCGCCAGAGCCCGCCAGUCACUCCUAGAAGCUGACCAGACUGCUUCCGCCCACGAGCUACACUACCGCCUGCUACUGGAGGCGGCCCGCACCAAGGCUGCUUCCACCACCGCCCAGGUGGCGGCUACCAUGGACAAGUUCAUGAAGAGUCAACAGCAGCUGGUCAAAAGUAGCUUCUCCUCUCUGCCUCCGGAGAAGUACAGGCAACAGACAGUGGGGGAAGUACUCAAGCGGCAGCAGCAGGUGCAGGAGCAGCUCCAGCAGGCCAGGAGCUCCUACUUCAGCCUCAUGCUCAAGAAACAGCGUCAAGAGGAGGAGUUACAGACGAGACAGGAAGUGGCGGAGGACCAGGUGAGUACGUCGGAGAUGCUGAGACUGGUGGUGGAGACCGAGGCGUACACAGAGGAGGCAGCCAUACAGGAGAACAACAUACUCACCUACAAGUCAUCACUAACCAACAUGACCGCCACCAUCAACAAACGUACUCAGAGGAAGAAGGAACUAUCAGCACAGGUGGACGAGGCACAGGCCAGGGUCAAUAAGCUCAAAAUACAACUCAAACAGGAGAAGGAGAGAUUAAAUGAGCUGGCCAAGAAGCAGUCAUCAUCCAGGAGGAAGUCGUCACAGCUAGAACCUUCCUCCCGCCUCCUGCUGGACCCACUCCUCGCCAGGGACCUCAAGGACAAGCUGGUGUUGAGGACCACUCUGGAGGACGAGCUGCACCGCCUCAAACAAGUAUGUUGCAGAGGGACCGCCUCACACUCGCCACCCCGCUAAAGAAAACCUCACCUUAAGAGACCUAACGAAAGUUCCUAUCUGAUGCAAAACUACUUGGUACUACUUAAUACUUACAUAAUAAUGAGUGUACAACUACUUUCAGACACACUACUGAACGACUUAAACGAACUCCAUCACCUCAUUUAAGCGAGUGGUAGAUGUAAUUCACACUUGCCACUUAUAAUGUCACUUAAUGAGAUUUACCACCUAACAGCCACAGGACAUCAAAAAUUUAUGUAAAACAGAGUUAUGUGUAUAGAGUUAGCGUUGGGGCAGGAAAAGAUACCUCACCUAGACCACUAAUUCAGUACCUGGGUCUGGGAAAAGUUGACCAUACAUAAGUAGAUGUACUGUACAGUACUUCCUGGACCAUAGUCAGUUUUUUAGGCAAGGUGCAGGUUUGCAAGAACCCUCGGUAACGUUGACAAUCACCACACUGGAAAUAUGCAUUACUAAUACCUUGUGUUGUCUUCGAUAAAUGUUCACAUAUGUAUCUACUGUAUGAUUUUUACUCAAUAAAUUCAUAUACAAUCAAGGUUCCACAGCAGGUGGACAAGUACUCCUCCGUGCAACAUCAAUGUUCAGGAAACAACAAUAAACCCUUAAUAAUUCCAGGAUUGUAUUUAUAUAUCUUAUUUAUAUAUCCACAUGCUAACUUUGGUUAAGAGCCAUCUUAAUAACAGUAUUAUCUGUCCGAGCCAUGGCAUUCACAAUUCCUGAACACACGGAGGAGUGAAUACACUACCGUCUCUACCCCAACUGGACUCCACAGUACAGUUACUCAACUGCUUUAUCAACAUACCUCCACACAACUGCUAAUAUCCACAACGUAGAGUCUUGGAAGCCCUUACGGCGCCACAAACACCAGGUAAUCCACAAACACGAACGUAAAAUCCGGAAAUAGCCAUCAAAUACUGUAUCGCAACACACAUACACACGUUGCUGUCAACAUUAACGUCUGUACCGUAAAGACCCUGGUGAACCGGGUGAACCCUUUAGGUGCUUCGAUUCAUUAAUUCAUUGGUUCACUUUACUGAUUCACUGAAAAUCACUUACAUAUCAAUUUACCUUAAGUGACUGGAUUGCAGAAAGAAUAUCAUACACGAUUGGCCGUUAUAUAUAGUCCCAUUCAUUUUCUCAAAUUACUUCUAGCCAUAAUUUGCUAAAGUAAAAUUGAUAAUUAUUAAGAAAAAUUAGUUAUGAGAUUCAUGCUUCGUCAACGACCCCGCUGUUACGAUACUAAACACUACCCUUCCCACACUAACCCAGAGACUAUAUAGGGAAGAUAGGGAAGUGACCAACCCGACCAUUAAAAAAGAUGUGCGGUCUAAAGCCAUGACAGCCCCAUCUUUGAGCUGGCGCAUCACUAUACAGAGCAUCAUUUUAACGGUUGCUAACGUGUCGAUUUUUCAUAAGAAAUAUGCAUAAGAUAUGUUAAUAUAACCAAUUUUAUAUUUUCUCCAUAUAAUACACAUGGAAUGUAUAAAUUAGUCGUUCACCUUGAUGUUAUGGUAAGUUACUGGAGGAAUUGUUACUCCCUUUAAUUUUUAUUCAUGUUUGGAACAUAUUUUUGCACAUUUCAUGUGUGAAUCAUAGAAAUAUCCUAUUUCAUGUAUUCGUUUAAGUAAACUGAAUGCCAACUCAUUUUCUAUGCUUUAGAAUAUUAAAUAUUAGUUGUUUUUUUAGGAUCAUAAGUAACAGUCAAUAUUUUUGGGGUGAAGGUUAUAAGAACAUAAGGAGUCUGCAAUAGGCCGGUUGGCCUGUGCAUGGCAGCUCCUGUCGAGAGUU